AUGGUCCAAGCUUUCCCCAUUUAUCUGCCGAGGCAGCGGGAGCUGAUCGCCACUUGGGUAGUACUGCCUAUGCUAUCGACAAUUACAGUCGGGCUUCGGUUUUACGCAAAGACAAAGACGAGAGGUGUUUAUGGUUGGACUGACUGGAUGAUCAUAGUAUCUGCUUUCUUCACUGUUCUCUUUUUCGUCUUUCUUCUUCUGAUGCUUAUGUACGGAGGCAUUGGCAUCCCUGGAUAUCCAUAUACUAGUACUACAGAGCCAACCGAUGUUUCAUUAAUCCACGAUCAGAUCGGCUGGGGCAACAACAUCGUCCUCGUGUUCGCGGUUUACUCCUGCAAAGCCUCGAUCCUAUUCCUUUAUCAUCGUCUCUUCAAAGGCCACAAUGGCCCAAUGAAUAUCAUAAUAUACGUGGCAUCAGGAAUAACCUUGAUAUGCUUCUUGGGAAGUGUUAUCGGUUAUCUCGCAGCCGUACGGCCGAUUGAGAAGUGGUGGGCUUGGGGUGAUGCCACGGCGGAACAGUUCUUAGCCAUGCAGAAUAUCAACAUUGCCUACGACAGCCUGACAGUCUUUACUGACUUCUUGAUCUUCGUGCUCCCGCUCAAGUCGAUCUGGGGGCUGAAUAUGAACCGCGGGAAAAAGAUUGGUGUUAUUAUAUCCUUUUGCUUCGGUUUUAUUACCUGCUUUAUUGCUCUCGCCCGUGUUGUCUUUACACAUGGGUACCAAUGGAAGAAUUUGUAUGACGAAGGAACGUUGUGGUCUCUUGCAGGCGUCGAGCCAGUGACAGGGAUUAUCUGCGCAUGUCUCCCUGGUCUGCGUCCACUAUUGCCCAAGACCUUUAAGAUGACUUCUUACGGCACUCCGGCAAAUCCCAGUAGAUUCAGGACUACUGGCACUACGGCGACAGAUAAUGCUAAAAGGAGUACUAAUAGGGAGCCCAACCCAUUCACGGUCCUGAAUGAUGAUAGCUCGGUGACAGAAUUCCGACGAACAGUUAGAGAGGUCCCUUCAAGAUCGGAGGUCAGCGAUGAGUAUAUUGAGCUCGAAGAGCAACGACCUAAGGCCUUUGAUACCUAG